AUGGAACGUCUGAAGAAGGAGAGAAAGCAGUAUCGAACAGCAGCCACUAAAACGCUGAAUGAAGCUGACCACGAGAUGCAGCAAACGCCGCCGAGUCACGAACGUCUUGUCAGCCUUCAUCGGCAGCUACAAGAGAUACAAGUACGUCUACGCGAAAUCGACAAUCAGAUAAAGCCAUUGCUGGCCGACGAAGAGUUUGACAGGGAAAUCGAAACGAUGAUACAGUAUGACUCGGAAAUUACGGAUGCUGUUGCGCGACUCGACUACAGAAUCAACGAUCGCCAAGCUAGUAAUACAGGCGUAGCAGACAACAGGACAACAUUAGCUGCACCUCGUUCAGCGUCCGAUCGACAACCAAGGGUGAAGUUGCCAAAGUUCGAGCUACCAAAGUUCGACGGCUCCUUGGACAAGUGGCUUCCAUUUUGGACCGCGUAUGAGCUAGCCGUGCACGAUAACAGCUCACUGACCACGAAGGAGGAAUUCUGCUACUUUUCCUCACUUCUGACCGGGAAUGCUGCAGCAGUCGUUAAGGGCCUCAACCUGCAAGAGGACUGCUACUCCGAUACAGUCCAGUUACUUCGCAGUGAGUUUGGCUUCAAAGAGAGAAUGAUACAGCACCAUAUCAACAGGCUGACCGACAUGCCGUUGGUGAAGACGCAGCGUGACUAUGGAAGCUUGAGGCGAAUGCAUAACGAAAUUCAGACGAGCAUCAGAAGCCUCAACGCAAUUGGACUGACCGUCGAUUCGUAA